AUGGCUCCCACGGCUCCUUCCGCGGCCUCGAACUCGCCGGCCAAGAAGCCUUCUGCUCCAGAGAAGAAAUAUAAGUGUCAAUUUUGCAAUCGUGCUUUCAGUCGCAGUGAACAUCGCAGCCGACACGAGCGAUCUCACACCAAGGAACGUCCAUUCAAAUGCUUAAAAUGCCGCAGCACCUUCGUGCGACGAGAUUUGCUUCUCCGUCAUGACCGUACCGUUCAUGCCAAGGAUGGAGGCAUCCCUCUCGUCAGCGAAGGACGCAGACGUGGCGGUAAUGCAGGUACUCAAAAGAGCCCGCCUACUGCCGCCGCGCCCCCCAAACCUUCUAUUACUAUUGACCCUACCACUUUAGAGCAAAUUGAGGCAAGCAGUGAUGGUAUGGUCGACCUUGAAACAGCAGCCAUGUUGAUGACGGAUUUCCAACAUAAAGCUGCUGCUGCCGCUACUGGUCAUGUGCAAGACCGCACUGGUUCCGAUCGCUCGUUCUCACCCAAUCGUGGAUCUCUUCUUGAUCAGCAUGCCUCUUAUCUAUCGGGAAAUGCCACGCUACCUCAAAUGCCCUGGGACUCUUUGGUUUCGCCCACCGAGACAAAACAUCAUUCCAUGUUCGCUUCUCAAGAUGCUGGUUCUCAUGGUCAUCAAAUGUCAAUGAUGUCGGCUCGGGAUACACUGGCACCCUCUUUGCAUUCGCUCGUCGACUCAUUACCAAUGUCUGGCAACUCGACUCCAAAUGCGCUGUCGCCAUACCCCUCAAUGACCGGCCCAGUCAGCCCAGUGAACUACCGCCGCUCUCCUGGUCCCAGUCAAGCGCUCACUCUGCCAAAAGCCCCUCAGCUUGUUAAUGAGAUGGAGAGGCAACGUAUUGUGGAGAAUGUCAAGAAUUCGGACAGCUUGUCAUCGCUACCGGAAGGCUUCCAGCUCCCAUCCACUGCGUUGUUGAAUAAGUAUCUUUCGACUUACUUCAACCUUUACCACCACCAUCUGCCCUUCUUGCACCAGGGCUCUUUCGAGCCUACCGAAGCUUCGCCGCCCCUUCUCUUGGCCGUGCUUUCUAUCGGUGCCCUUUAUACAUUUGAGCGGGAGCAUGCGUUCAUGCUACACGUUGGGUCAAAGGUCCUUGUCAACCAGUUCCUUCAACAGAAAGAUAACUUUGAUUCGCGAAAAUGUCCAUUGUGGGCCAUGCAAAGUACUUUGUUGAACAUGAUCUUUGAGAGCUGGAGCGGCGAUCCAAAGGGGCUGGAAUGGACCUGCUCUAUCAAGAGUUUACUCGCCAAUAUGGUCGCUGGAAACCGCUAUCAAUUGAAGCUGCGCACCGAGGCUCGUGAAGGCCGACUACCCACUCGUGAGCAGUGGAUUGAAGACGAGUCUUGUCGUCGGACGUACUACGCCGUCUACAUCUUCUUUGGCAUGCUGACUUUGACAUUCAACCAUACUCCUGCCAUGAGCCUCGACGAGCUUGACAGCUUAGAGUUGCCGUCAUCUGAGUCGCUAUGGAGCCUUGAUGUGACUGAUGAGGACUCCUGGCACCGCACUUUGAGCACAGUGAUCCCUGUCAACAUUCGUGAAGCACAUGAUCGGUUGUUCCAGGGUGAACAGACAAGGUACAGUGCUUUUGCUACUCGAGUCAUGAUCAAUGCGCUCUUCCUUCAAGUGUGGAGCCACAAGCGCAGUUUCGAGGCUCUCCAGGACGUAGUAACCGAAUACAAGCUUCGUCUGGCGUUGGAGACUUGGGAGAACUCACUUGAGCUGUGCGAACCUGAAACCAUCGUGGUUCCUUUGAGCACUCCCCAAAAGGGUCAUCCUUUGAUCUUCAACUCCAUGGCCAUUUACCGCAACACCCGGGCCCGGUUGGCAGUAGACCUCAAGUCUGUUCAAGAAGCUUUGCGCUACCACUCCUCAUACGAGGUCGCCGCUGCUAUGACGGUUGCCCGUGACAAGGUCAAGCGUUCUCCUGAAAUGAACAAUGUCAUUCAACAAUGCUUCGAAUGCAUUGAAAUUGCUGCUGUGCAAGGUAUCAACUGGGUUGCCAAGACAUCUGCCACUAACUGGAGCGUUGAGCACCCUCUUUGCGGCUUGGACCUUAUGGUGAUCCUCAGCUUGUGGCUUUAUCGCCUGGAACAUGACGAGGAGCCUGCUACGGAUGCUGAGAUGGCCAUUUACGCCAAGGUACGCAAUCUGUUCGAUGAUGACGCCAUUGAUGCCUUUGGCAAAUUGAGCUCUACCGUCGCACGUGUAUGGGGCAACAUUCUCGAUGGCGUUGUUGUCUGGGGACUCACCAAGCUCAUGGGCGAGUCCUUCAAGCUUCAUGCGCAGGCCUUGGUUGGUUAUGAGGAUUCUUUGCAGGUUGCCAAAGACCAGCCAUUGCAUCCUAUGCCUACGAAGAGCCUUGCCAGCGUUGGCACUGCAUACUAAGCCUAGCUUAGUUUUCCGUCUAUCCGCAAACGUUACGAUGGACAACUACUUUCUUUUGUUAAUGAUUCUCUUCGCCUUGGAUAACCGCUAUACUUUUUUUAACAGUUAUAAUAACUUAAUUGUCACUCAUUCUGGUAUCGGGGCGUUGGGAAACACGUGGAGAAAUCCAAAGACGAUGUGACCCUCGUCACUGGACUCGCAUCUUGAAUCAUGGUCGCACAAUUUUGGCGCGUUGAUUCCUUACACUCGUUUAUACACUCUUUGUUAUUUUUGGGUCAUCGGUCAAAAUCGGAAUACGGCACUCGGACUGGACUGGCAAGGGGGCGGCAUAGUAGUGUCUUUGCGAUUACGGAUGACACUGGUCCUCUCCCUAGCAUUCGCCUUUUUUUUCGGCUUUUCUUAUCUCUCAUUAUUCCCUUUUAUCUUUUGCAUUUUUCUGCGUUCAGUUUGGGUCUCAUUCUGGUUGUCUUCAUAAGAGCUCACAGGAGUCCGGUCAGUGCGUCUUCUCGGUUUUUGAUGGUUAGCGAAGGCAACAAUUAUCUACACUCGGCUGGUCCUGUGUGUUUCUUCGAUUCUGGCUCUGCCAUUUAAUAUUACUAUUAUUUGUUGUUUUGGUUCUUACCUUCUUCAUCGCCGAACCUGACUUGAUACCUUGCUUAAUGUUUGCGCUUGUUGUUUAUGUUGCAUGCUUGACCUUAUUGAUUUAUGUUUCACUGCGUCUGCUAGAUUAUGUUUAUGCAUUGCUCUGGAUUUUGCACCCAGACACUCGUCUCUCCUCUCAGUCUUGUCGUUAGCACUGCUGAAGUACAUGCUUUUUGUUGUUGAUUUGAUUUGAUUUUUGUCAUCGUUUGAUUGGAAAUUUAAUUGAUUCGAUUCUUGGAUUAUAUGCAUUGCAAUUUCACAAUUUGAAUAGUGUAUUUGUACUAUAGUUUUGAGCGC